AUGAAGGCCUUCCUCAGGGGCUCCCUUAUCAAAUCAGUCAGUCGGAUCAAAUCUAAAUCUAGACAGCUUGAUUUACAGAAACAUGACAACAUGAAACUAGCGGAGGAAGCCUUUGUGCUGAACCCAUCUGAUCUAACAAGCAAUGCUUUAAAGACUAGGCAGGAGGAGCUGAGGUGUCACCUCUUGGAAGUUGCGGAGAGGAAACAAAUGUUUUACAAGCAACAGUUUUUUACUGAAGGGGAGAGUGUAACCUGUUCAGAUGAGGAGAUUGACGCCUUUUUGUCUUCAUUGAAUCUUCCUAAGCUGUCUAGGGAGGAUCGUAUGCGGUUAGAGGAGCCGAUUGAGUUGGAGGAACUGAGGGCGGCACUAGCUGCUAUGGCUAACGAUAAGCUCCAUCGAUAUAUAAGAAGAGUUAAUUUUACAACUCCUGGUGGAGAUUCCAUUCACCUUGAUGAAAAAGGAAACUUCGCGACAAGAUUCUCUCUGACACCACGGUCCGUCUGUACUGAGAUUUGUCUCCCAGGACACAGGAAAGUCCCACUGGAAGGAAAACAGAAAUGCUGCUACUACUGUGCCCCCUGUGCAGAAGGCGAGAUCUCCAACCAGACUGAUAUGGAAGGAUGUUUGAAGUGUCCUGAAGACCAGUGGUCUAAUGAGAGAAGAGACGCCUGUAUCUCGCGACCACUUGACUUCCUGUCAUAUGAAGAUACUUUGGGAUUAUCUCUUAUUAUUAUCAAUCUCUUCUUCUGUUUUCUGACGGUCGUUGUGUUGGGGAUAUUUAUAAAGCACAAGAACACGUCAAUUGUGAAAGCCAAUAACCAGAACCUGAGCUACAUCCUGCUCCUGUCUCUGCUCUUCUCAUUCCUAUGUCCUCUCUUAUUCAUUGGACAUCCCACAAGGAUGUCAUGUCUGCUCCGACAAGUGACUUUUGGGAUAAUCUUUAGUGUUGCAGUUUCUUCAAUUUUAGCUAAAACUGUCACUGUAGUCUUGGCUUUUCAUGCCAUCCAACCAGGCAGGGUACUAUGGCAGUGGCUGAGGAGACGUCUGGCCACAUCAUUACUCAUUACUGGUACAAUAGGAGAGGUUGUGAUCUCUGUUUUCUGGUUGUCUUUCUCUCCACCAUUCCCAGAUCAUAACACUGAGAUAGAGGUUGGAAAAAUAAUAUUACAGUGUGAUGAGGGAUCUGCCAUUGCUUUCUACAUGUCCAUUGGCUACAUUGGAUUCCUGUCUGUGCUAAGCUUUAUUGUAGCCUUCUUGGCCAGAAAACUUCCAGAUACUUUCAAUGAGGCUCAGUACAUCACCUUCAGCAUGCUGGUCUUCUGCAGUGUGUGGAUCUCCUUCCUCCCAGCCUAUCUCAGCACCAAGGGGAAAUACAUGGUGGCUGUGGAAGUUUUUGCCAUCUCAUCUUCCAGUGCUGGACUUCUGGGCUGUAUCUUCAUUCCCAAAUGUUACAUUAUUCUAAUGAGGCCAGAACUGAACACAAAACCAAAUCUAAUUUUUAAACAAUAG